AUGACUUCUGAUCUGUGGAAACCGCUUACUGUGGCUGUUUUAGGAGGCGGUCUCGGAGGUCUUUCUGCUGCCAUUGCAAUGAGACGGGCCGGCCAUAAUGUGUCCAUUUACGAAAGAAACGACUACGCUGGCGAAGUUGGCGCGUCGCUCUCGUGUGCCUCAAAUGGCGGGCGCUGGCUUCAUGACUGGGGUGUGGAUCCCUAUGAGGCCAAUCCAGUCAUCUUGAAAAACUUGAUCAGACACGACUGGAAGUCGGGCAAGAUCACGGGCAAAUAUUCCCUCGGAGACUACCAGGCCAAGUUUGGGUUUCCGUACUACAACUUCCACAGGAUUGAUAUCCACACUGUCCUUCACAAGUAUGCGGUGUCCGAAGAUGGGGUGGGCACGCCCUGUGAGCUCCAUGUCAACCACAAGGCUAUAAAAGUGGACUACGAAGCUGGUCAUGUUGAGUUUGAAAAUGGCAGCCAGUGCACCGCAGAUUUGAUCAUUGCUGCUGACGGCAUCAGAUCCUUGACCAAGCCUCAAUUGGGCAUCUCCCCGAAGUUUCGCCAUCAGGACUCGUCGUGUAUCCGUGUUUUGUUCGACACCAAGAAAGUGCAGGAGCUUGGACUUGCGGAUUUCCUGGAGAACGAGGCAAUUGAGUUCUGGGGCGGAGACGAUAAAAACAAGAUAGUGUUGUCGCCCUGUGCAGACAAACGCGUGGUAUCAUGCUACUGCUUUUAUGCGGCUAGCCCAGAGGAUGUGAAAGAUGGUUGGCACAAUGAAAUCCUGGUGCAGCAGCUCCUUGAUACAGUACCCCACUUGGAUCCCAGGCUAGUGGAGCUCUUCACUACUUGUGGCUAUGAUAUCAAACAGUGGCGUUUGUAUGUGCACGAGCCACUUCCGUUUUUUUACAAGUCCAGUGCCAAUGGCUCGCGGGGAGUGGCAUUAUUGGGCGAUGCGGCACAUGCUAUGAUGCCUGAUCAAUCGCAGGGCGCAUGUGCCGCUUUUGAGGAUGCGGGCGCUUUGGGCUACAUUUUCUCCGAGAAAUUCCAUUUGAGUGUUGCUGAGGGCUUGAGAGUCUACGAACAGGAGAGGAAGCCGCGUGUGACGAGAAUCCAGAAGGCUUCCUUGAGGGCUCGGGAAAAUUUGAACGAGAGAAUAGGAUGGAGCUCUGGCGCGUCGGACAUCGAAACUGCACAAAAAUUGACAAUUGAAGAGGUGUGUGGCUACGACAUGAAGGGGCAUAUUGAUGAUUUGGUGGCUGCCUUGUGA